AUGGCGACCGAAUCUUCGUUCCCAAUCGCAAGCAGCAAUGUUAAUCUUCGAGGUCCACAAUUUCAAGCAAACAAAGAAAGCUGGACACCGGUGCUUGAUAGGUUUGAAGAAUUGUUGAAGCAGGUUUCUGCGGAAGGGAAUGAUGUCUCCCUACGAAGACAUCAGGGUCGGGGACAGUUGCUACCAAGGGACCGCGUCGCACUACUACUGGACCAAGACUCUCCAUUCUUGGAGCUUGGAGCAUUCACUGGAUUUGGCAAUGAAGAUUCCACUCCGUGCGGCAACUUGAUUGCUGGAAUUGGAAAUGUUUGUGGACGCAUAUGUCUGCUCAUGUCUCAUAUUCCCACUCAAAGCGGAGGUGCUUGGAACGAGAUGACCGUGUUGAAGGUGAAUCGCAUGAUGGAGAUUGCAUUUGAAAAUGACCUUCCACUGGUUUCUCUCGUCCAAUCAGCCGGUGUCUUUCUACCACAACAGUUCCGAGUCUUCCAUAAAGGAGGUCAGCUCUUCCGUGACCUUGCGCUCCGAACCAGACAUGGGAAGCCUUCAUGUGCCAUUGUUUUUGGAUCCUCCACGGCUGGUGGAGCAUACCACCCAGCACUAUCAGACUACACGAUCUUUGUCGAAAAUCAAGCACAGGCUUUCCUCGGCGGACCUCCACUUGUAAAGAUGGCCACUGGUGAGGUUAUUGGAGCGGAAGAGUUGGGAGGUGCCAAAGUUCACGCAGUAACCACUGGUCUUGCAGACCAAAUCGCUUCCGAUGAAUUUGAUGCUAUUCACAAGGCGCGUGAGUGGGUAGCCACUCUCCAGGCACGUACCCCAUCUGUACCUGGCUUGAUUGAGCCCCUGGCCCCGAGGUAUCCUAUUGAGGAUGUGCUUUCUCUCGUGAACCCAGAUAUCCGAAAGCCGUUUGAUAUGAAAGAAGUAUUGCUGCGCAUUGUUGAUGAUUCGCGCCUGUUGGACUUCAAGCCUAAAUAUGGACCGAACAUGAUCACUGCGUCAGCUCACAUCAUGGGAUUCCCGGUUGGAAUUAUUGCGAACCAAUUGUCAGUUAUAAACCCUAACGAGGCGGCGAAAGCUACGCAGUUUAUUCGAAUGUGCAAUCAGCAGAAUACGCCAAUCAUUUUCCUGCACAAUGUUACCGGCUUCAUGGUUGGUGCCAAGGCCGAACAUGCCGGAAUCAUCAAAAUGGGCGCUCAGCUCGUGUCCGCGGUCAGCUGUUCGACUGUGCCUCAUAUAUCCAUUAUUUUGGGUGCUUCCUACGGCGCUGGCAACUAUGCAAUGUGUGGCAGAGCUUACAGUCCCCGAUUUUUAUUCUCAUGGCCUACUGGCCGCUGCAGCGUAAUGGGCCCAGAUCAGCUUUCUGGUGUGAUGGAAAAUGUCCAAAUAGCCAGUGCCAAAUCCAAGGGCCAGACGCUUUCACCAGAGAAGCUCAAGAAGCAGGUGAACACAUUCCGGGACAGAGUCCAGAAAGACGCAGAGUGCUAUUCGACCAGCUCGAUGUUGAUUGACGAUGGAAUUAUUGAUCCGAGGGACACCCGUGAUGUUUUAGGAAUGUGCCUGGAGGUGGUAUCGCAGCAAAGCGUGCAAGGGACCCAGACGCACAAUUUGUUGGCGCGAAUUUGA